UUAUGACGAUCAUAAUCAUCUCAAAUAUGAAUCAUAUCUGCAGAGACGACAUGUGAAUUAAACGCGCGUUUAGAGCGGAAUCACCGGUUUCAUCGCGAGGAUCGAUCGAGCUGUUCGAGAUUCACGUUCAGAUCAAACCUUUCUAUCAGCAACUGAAUCUCCCAGUGACUCCCAGUUUUCCUCAGUCAUGAUCGGCUCGAUCCGCAUUAAUGUGGGAGGAUUCCGGCGCCGGCUUCUCUCCACUCGACUCUCCCGUUUCCCCGAGACCCGACUCGCUCGCUUGCUGAGCUGUCGAUCCAGGGAGUCGAUCCUCGAGCUGUGUGACGACUACGACGAGUCUGAGAGCGAGUUCUACUUCGACCGUAAUCCCACGCUCUUCCCGUACGUCCUGCACUUCUACAACACGGGAAGACUUCACGUCAUGGAGGAGCUCUGCAUCUUCUCCUUCAGUCAAGAGAUCGAGUACUGGGGCAUCGACGAGCUGUUCCUCGACUCCUGCUGCAGGAGCAGCUACCACUGCCGGAGGAUGGAUCCGGAUCAGGCCCGGGACGACGGGAGCGAAACCGCAAGCUCAACCUCAUCGUUCGGCGAGAUCAUGGAGUUUUACAGCGACGCCGGGAAAUUCGACAAGCAGCUUCUAGGGAGCGUUCGCCGGAGAAUCUGGUUAAUGCUGGACAAUCCCGGCUAUUCCCUUCCCAGUCGCCUCAUCAGUGUCUUCUCCAUCCUGGUCCUGUUGGGCUCCAUCGCCAGCAUGUGCAUGAACAGCAUGAGUGAGUUCACUCGGGAAGAUCCGCGCUUCCAGACCGUGGAGAAUUUGGGAAUAGCCUGGUUCACUUUCGAACUUCUGGCUCGACUCUCCGUGGCUCCGGAUCUCCUCCGAUUCUUCGCGCACCCGCUAAACCUGAUCGAUCUGGUGUCCAUCCUACCCUUCUAUCUGACGCUCGUGAUUGAUCUGGUUGCGGAGAGCAGUCCUGCGCUGGCUAAUCUGGGAAGAGUCGCGCAGGUGCUCCGGUUGACCAGGAUCUUCCGGAUCCUGAAGCUGGCUCGCCACUCCACGGGCCUGCGGUCUCUGGGAGCCACGCUCCGGAACAGCUAUCGGGAGAUCGGGCUCCUCCUGCUUUAUCUCUCCGUCGGAGUCUCCUUCUUCUCCGUCAUGGCCUACACCCUGGAGAAGGAGGAGAACGAGGGAUUGAACACCAUCCCGGCCGGCUGGUGGUGGGCCACGGUUAGCAUGACCACUGUGGGAUACGGAGACGUCAUUCCCGGAUCCGUCGUGGGGAAGCUCACGGCGUCGGCCUGCAUAUUAGCGGGAAUACUGGUUGUGGUGCUUCCCAUCACGCUGAUAUUUAAUAAGUUUUCCCUGUUUUAUAAGAGGCAGAAGCAGCUGGAGAUCAUCAUGAGGAGCUGCGAGUUCGACCAGGGAAUGAAGGAGCCUCCGUCUGUCAAUCUGAGGAAUUAUUACGCUCAUAAAGUCAAGACGCUGAUGGCCAGUCUGUCCAACAUGAGCCGCAGUUCUCCCAGCGAUCCCAGUCUGAGCGGCUCUCUGCGUUAGCCGUGCCGUCUGCCUCACGUGUUCCUAGUCUGAGCUCGGUACGACUGAUGAACCUGGAUGUAGUGUUUACAUGACCCCUGAACAUGUGAUCGGGUUGAUGUGUGUGUUUAUAUGUCACAAGCUUAAAUCGGGAAAUAUGUUUGACAUGCGCGAAUAUACAGUUUCUCCGACACUGGUUCUUUAUUUGUUUUAAAUAGCAGACUUGUAAUCCGUCUCUGGUCAUGAUGAGUAGACAUGAGCGCAUGAGCCGCUGUGCCGCUGCUUAUAUUCAUCACACAGUUAAACUGCCCAAACCCAGUGGUGUGUGUGUGUGUGUGUGUGUGUUGAGGUUCUGUGUGUUGUGAUGUGUGUCACACGGGUGUUCUUGUGCCCUUGUUCUGUGCCUUUCACAAACCCAGUGUCUGAAUCGGGUAUUAAUGGGCAGAAACGUGUUUGUUACAUGUCUGGAUUUGUAAUAUUUCCAGCUCAUAAUUUUAUUUUCCCUUUUACUUGAAAAUAAUUUAUCCUGUUUUAAGACUGUUAAGAUGUUUUGCUUUGUGUGAUGUUUACCAUGAUACCUUUACAGGUGUGUGUGUGUCAUCAUCCUCAUCAGUGGGACUCUGUCUCCCUCUGCUGGAGAAGAGACGCAGUGCGGGAGCCGUGAGGAGAGUGAUGGAGUCUGAGAGUGUCUACAGCUGUAAACAUCACAGUUUAACUGGAGUACAGAGAGCAGAACAGCAGCUGAGGCUCAUGGGAAGAGAAGUGAGCUAUUAGUUGUUCUAGUGAUGGGAAAUCUGGUUCUUUUCCACGAACCGGUUCUUUCGGACAGUUCGUUUCAAUGAACCGGUUCACCAGUUCUUUUACGUCCUCGCGUAAUGACGUCAGUUCUAUCGUCCCGGCGGAUAAAAAUACAAAUGAAUUUGAAUCUUAACUUCAGUUAAAUAUUAGUAAUCAUCGUCAUAAUCAUCUUAGAUGAGUAUCUUACAUUUACGUUUGGCAAAUGAACCCUGUCCAGGCGAUGUGCAAACGCGGAUGUUUUACAUGUUUUGAAAAUAAAAGUGAAUAAAGUGGC